AGGCAACUUCAGCUGGAGCAGAAAAAAGCGCUCAAAUCCUGAUACAGCUUAGCAAUGGGAAGGAUGUAGUCCAGAUUACAAAAUGUCCCUGGGACGGGAAAUGGGAUUACCCUUGUUUUAGAAAAAGCAUGGACCUUUGUAGACAUCAGCAUUGGGAGAUAAUUGGGUUUAAACAAUGCAAAGCAUGGAAGAUACAGAAUCACACAUCAGUAAAAAGGUCAGGAUCGCAGUGAAGCAGGGCUGAUUAAACGCUUCAAAGGGGAUGGUAUCCGGUACAAGGCCAAGCUGAUUGGGAUUGAUGAAGUCACAGCUGCACGGGGGGACAAGUUAUGCCAGGACUCUAUGAUGAAGCUCAAGGGAAUUGCUGCUGCAGCUCGUUCUAAAGGAGAACACAAGCAGAAAGUCUUUUUAACUGUCUCCUUUGGAGGGAUCAAAAUCUUUGAUGAGAAGACAGGGGUCCUUCAGCAUCACCACGCAGUCCAUGAAAUCUCAUACAUUGCCAAGGACAUCACAGAUCACCGAGCCUUUGGUUAUGUGUGUGGGAAGGAGGGAAACCACCGAUUUGUGGCCAUCAAGACAGCACAGUCAGCUGAGCCUGUAAUCCUUGAUCUGCGAGAUCUCUUUCAACUCAUCUAUGAGAUAAAGCAGCGCGAAGAGAUGGAGAAGAAGGCACAGAAGGAUAAACAGUGUGAGCAGGCAGUUUACCAGACGAUUUUGGAGGAAGAUGUAGAAGACCCUGUGUACCAGUAUAUUGUGUUUGAGGCUGGACACGAGCCCAUCCGUGAGCCCCAGUCAGAGGAGAACAUUUAUCAGGUCCCUACAAGUCAGCAGAAGGAAGGUGUCUAUGAUGUUCCCAAACGGCAUCCAAUGGAAUGCAUUUGCAUGAUCAAUCAGAAAAUUGGAGAUAAGAAUGGACAGACACUGGUGGAGAUCGAUGAGGACCUGUGCAAGGUCACCCAGAAUAUUAAUCAACUGGAACUGUUUGGAGACAUGUCGACCCCUCCUGAUAUCACAUCUCCAUCCACACCUGCAUCUCCAGCCAACACGCUCGACCCUGGAGUGUCUCAUCAACCCACAUCGGAGAUGUUCGCCCCUUUCAACCCUGCAUCAGUGCCCUCAGGUUAUGUCACAAUGGGAGCUGUCCAGCCUGCCCACUGGGGACAGCAGCCGUUUGCCGCCCAGCAGCCCCUGGCGUUUGGCAUACAGCCUCCCAUGCCCGUCGCUCAGGUCAUCCCAGGAGCCCAGCCAAUGAUUUGGGGUCAAGCCAACCUUUUUCCUGCCACUCAGCAGCAAUGGGCUGCCAUGGCAGGGGCAUUUCCACCCACUGCCUUCAUGCCGACGCAAACUGUUUCCCCCCUGCCGGCUGCUAUGUUCCAGGGCAUAGCAGCGGCACCUGUGGCUGCCGUGCCACCUACCUGCGAAGCCCCCACAGUGUCCAGCCCUCAGCAGGGAGAUCCGUCCCGACAGAAGAUGAGCAAAGAGAUGUUCAAAGAUUUCCAGAUGGCCAAACCACCCGCUGUACCAUCUCGAAAAAGCGAGCAGCCAGUGUUGGCCUGCACCUCGGAGGCCUUCACCACUUACUUCAACCGUGUGGGAGUGGCUCAAGACAACGAUGACUGCGAUGACUUUGACAUAUCACAAAUGAACCUGACUCCUGUGACUUCUACUACUCCUUCCACCAACUCACCUCCAACUCCAGCCCCCCGACAGAGCUCUCCAUCCAAGUCCUCCACCUCGCAUGCCAGUGACCCGGCCACAGACGAUUCAUUCGGUGACGCAGAAGGCAGUCCCAGCCGGAGUGGGGAAGAAGAUGCUGCCGGUGGGUCUCAGGCCUCCUCUGCCAGCGAGCCCCCCGCAGAGCCCCCUGUUGAUAGCCCCAGUCCACAGGAGAAAGAUCCUCUCUAUGCCCAGAUUCACAAAUGGAAGAAAUAAGUACAAAAGAAAAUCCAUCUUAUGGUGCUCCACAAGACCGGAUCUGAAAGACCUUGUUGUCACCUGGCUCUCUGUGGGUUCCUAGGGCUCUAUCUCUCUGUAAUCUGACACUGCAAGGCAGAAGGUUUCCUCUCACUGGAAUGGUGUUCUUCUUCAGCAGCCUCUUGUUUUUAGGAGCAGAUUUAUGAGCUUGUUUACUGCUGCUCAUAUAGACUCCAUAAGAAAGGGAGACACUGUACUUUUUGUUCCUUAUUUUUCUUGUUUUGUUGUUGUUUUUAGUAGGUCCAAACUGUUCCCUUUCUAAAAGAAACAAAAGAAACUAGCUUUCAACAGUCGCCGUGUCUCAAGCAUUUUUUACGGCGGACGCAUUCAGCCUUACUGAAGUCUCUUUGUGUGGCUUUUGAGUUUCCUUCCACAAAGAAACGAGAAUGACAUCGCUGCGCACAGAAAAUGAAGCAGAUUGGUGCCACUUUCCUUCUAAACCAAAUCCAUUGGGAUGUUAAAAAAGAUCAUUGUAUUACCAUAAAGCUACAGUAUUUAUGAGGAAUGGAAAUUUAAUUGAGACAUGAUACAAAUCAGUUGCAAUUAAAACAAAGAUAAAAAAUCUAAUGAUUCCUUGAGCAGAGAAGUAGAUUUAGUUAAUUUGUUGGAUAGCCCAGCUCCCCUGAUGGAGAAAUACAUGAUUUGCUUCAUUCAGAAGGGAGAGGAAAAUCAUUUUCUUUCAUUUCUGUUUCUGCUGCUAGAGUGCUAUGCAGUAAAGAUUAUUCUGUGCACCCUGUAUUGAAGACAAAAGGAAUAAUUUGCCAAAUCUUUCUUCAUAUAAAGUCUCAGAAGAGAUGUGUUGUCUGUUGAAAUGGACACUGAGGGGCAUGGAUUUUGCUAAUCCAAUUCUGUGAUUGAACUGUUCAUUCUCUAUAGCUUUUGUACAAUACUAAUUAAAAAAAUAAGUUGAAAUGGAAUUUUUAUUUUAUAAGUCAAUCCAGCCAUUGGGGUCAGCUCUAUAUGUGUUUUAGGGUAAAUGGCUUUAAGGCAUCUGAACUUUGGUUUGCCAGAUUUAUUUUGUAAAUAAGUCAUUCUUUCAAACAAGGACUCUUGUGCCAUAAAAUAGGGAGGCACAAGUGAUGCCAGUUCAUACAUGAAACCCAAGCAAUAUCAGCAUUUCUUUUUGCUUGUUGAUUUUGCUUUAACUUUUUUGAGAUGUCACUACAAUUAUGUAUGAAGUAACAGUAUUUUAAAAAAAGAACAUUUUUCUUUCGCAUUAUUACAAGAAACUCUUACUAUCAAUUUCUUGUAGUCUUAAAAAACAAGUACUGCUGGGACUCCUGAGAGGCUCGACCACGCAGCUUGAGUCUUGCAUUAACUAGUUCAAACCUGGGAUGUGUAUGACUUUUGUAAAUGGUGACUAGGUUUCUCCAGAUAGGAACACGCCAGUGGCCAGGUACCGCCAGGGUUUGAUGAGUAAGAGCUGACCAGUGUGUCUUUGACCUGCCAUGCAAAAGCAGCCACUGGGAGCUUGCUCUAAUCAAUGAGAGGCACAUUACAACAUCCAUGCUGACUGUGGUCUGUGGUCCCUUGAGACUUAAUUGAAAAAAAGGCAAAUGUCCUUUUGUACCAGUAUGAAUAUUCUAGAUUGGGAAUGGAAGAUAAUUGACAAGUCCCAUUUUUAAGGAGUUUUCCACUGAAAUCCACAGAAAAGCACUUUUAGUCCCUCUUAAAAACAGCAAACAGCAUCACAUGCAGUGAACACUGCCUUAACCACUGUUCUAUGAGUGUGGAGAGCACAAUGAUGUAUUGUGUAAAAUAUACCCUGUUCUUUACACUGAUACACUGUGGCAAAUAUACAGUACAAUUUCUGGGUAAUGAUCUAGCAGUGAGGGCUAACUUGAUAAAACUGUCAGGAAGCACUAUUUUUUUCCAAAUGGUAUGAUUAUUCAAAAUAAUCUUGUUCCAAAGUUAGUCACUGUUAUGCAGAUGUUAAAUUGGCUUUAUUGCUUUCUGAGCGAUAUGACAAAGGUCCUAUCUCUUGCAGCCAAAUCUGUCUGUCCCUAGUUCUAAAGCUCAGCCUGUGAAAACUUCAGCAAAAGUCACAAAGUGUUAGAGUGCUAUGGUUACCGCUCUCUGUUAGUUACUCUGCUAUUAGUCCCCUAUUCUGUUCUAAUGCUUAUUAUCAGUAGAGGCCUCUACUGUGCACAUUUAUGUUCAGGUUAUCUCAUCCAGAAUGGAAAUUGUUCAUUCAACAAUAAUUAAAAUUAAAGGUUUGGCAACUUCCACAUAACACAACAACAAUUUAGCCAGCAUUUGGUCCUUUCACUUAUGAGUACUUUUUUUUAGUUUAUUGUUUUAUUUAACCUUUUGCUUGUUCCUGUUGUUGCCUAGCAUUGUCACAUUAUACAAAAUGAUGUUAAUUCACACACCAGGCCUGAUGUAUAAUGAAAUCAGCAUAGAAUCUUAAAUUUGUGACUGAGCUGGAUUCACAGAAAGUCAUUGCAGUAGUGUACAACAACUCAAAUAGUACUGUAUCUAGAGAGUAUAGUGCUUUAUAAAAUUUCUAUUCAGGCUGGGUAUUGGAUAAAAAAGUAAAGUGCCCCUCUUCCUGGUAAAAUGCAUUUUCCCCUCAAAUUAGAAAAGGCCUAGAAUGCAGAUUACAUUUUAGGCUGUAAUGAACUACUCACCAUAAAGUCACUCUCUUUAAUUGGCUUUAAUGCAUUUGGAAGCCAAGAUGCAUUGUCCUUUAACUAAAGAUCUAGACAGUGAUGCUGAGAGGUUAUAUUCCACUGUGUGUAAGACAUAAUCAGCUAUUCCCAUUCACUUUGAAUGUUUUUGUCUGCCUGGAUAAAUUAUAGGCACCUACUUAUACAUCAGAAGCACUCACCACUGGAAAUAUUUCCUAUUUGUAAUUUGAAUCACGAUGCCCUGUCUUUCCUUUACAAAUAUCCCAUCCUGACUUCUAUCAAGGUUAUUGUCUGACUUAAUUUACAGCCACAACACAAGUCAUUUUGGUUAUCCUGCUGGCAGCAAAUAAUAGUCUGGUGUAUGUACUCU